AUGCCCCCCCACCCCAGGUCUCCCGAUGUGGACGGUCAGCCCCCGGCGUUGCCCCCCAAGCAGUCCCGUCGGAGUCAGCUGAGCCGCUCGCCCUCGCAACAGGAGCUGGACAACAACCACGUCAACGAGCUCUACGACACACCCGCGCCCUCUGACAAGAGCAUGUUGAACGGAGUGGUGCCUCAUGACAACCUGGUCCUGAUUAAGAUGAGGCCGGAUGAGCACGGACGGUUUGGAUUCAACGUCAAGGGCGGGGCGGAUCAGAAGAUGCCCAUCAUUGUGUCGCGGGUGGCCCCUGGAACCUCGGCGGACCUGUGCGUGCCGCGGCUGAACGAGGGGGACCAGGUGGUUCUGAUCAACGGGCGGGACAUCUCGGACCACACGCACGACCAGGUGGUGAUGUUCAUCAAGGCCAGCUGCGAGGGCAACGCCGGAGAGCUCAUCCUGCUGGUGCGCCCCAACGCCAUCUAUGACGUGGUGGACGAGCGUCUGGACUCUGAGCCGGACUUCCAGUACAUUCCGGAGCAGGCGAGCGGCGACCGGUCAGCGCUGGACCCCGAGGCCUGGAGGAUCUCCAUGCACCAGCUCCGCGAGGGGCUCAACUGCGGGGCCGUGCUCGCACAGUUCGACCAACUGUACCGAAAGCGUCCUGGAAUGACCAUGUCUUGUGCCAAAUUACCUCAGAACAUUUCCAAAAACAGAUACAGGGACAUAUCUCCAUAUGAUGCAACGCGGGUCAUCCUGAAAGGUGGCGAGGAUUACAUCAAUGCCAAUUACAUAAACAUGGAGAUCCCUGCGUCGGGGCUGAUAAACCGCUACAUAGCGUGCCAGGGUCCGCUGCCCAACACGUGCGCUCACUUCUGGCAGAUGAGCUGGGAGCAGGGCUCCUCCCUGGUGGUCAUGCUCACUACGCAGGUGGAGCGAGGCCGGGUCAAGUGUCAUCAGUACUGGCCCAACCCUUCCAAUAGUGCCACCUACGGCUGUUUCCAGGUCAACUGUUUGUCUGAGGAGGGCAACUGCGCCUACACAGUCCGAGAGAUGACCCUCACCAACACUGAGACGGAGGAGGAGCGGCCGCUGACCCAGCUGCAGUACAUGGCCUGGCCGGACCACGGCGUCCCCGACGACUCCACGGACUUCCUGGACUUUGUGGCUCUGGUGCGCGGCAAGAGGGAGGGCAAGGACGAGCCGGUUGUUGUGCACUGCAGUGCUGGGAUUGGUCGGACCGGAGUUCUCAUCACCAUGGAAACAGCGAUGUGUAUGAUCGAGAGUAAUCAGCCUGUGUACCCAUUAGACAUCGUGAGAACAAUGAGGGACCAGAGAGCCAUGAUGAUUCAAACCCCUAGCCAGUACCGGUUUGUGUGCGAGGCGAUCCUGAAAGUGUACGAGGAGGGCCUGCUCUCUCCCCAGUCGACCCCCGUCGAGGAAGAGCCCGGAGCGGCCGCAGACCAAACCUGACCGGCUGCGCUGCCACUGACCCAUGAGGAGCGCCCCCUCCUGGACAAGGAGGGGGAUGGACACUGACUGGAGGGGAAAAGAGAGAGAGGGGAGAGGGGGUAAAAAUAACGAAACAAAAACAAAAAAUCUAAGCACUGAUGCACUUUAUGUUAACAAGAGAAAAAGAAACAGUGAUAUGUGGAGAUUUAUGUUUAAACAAACAAAAAGCAAAACAAACAAAAAAAAAAGAAAGAAAAUAAGUGGGUAAAAAAAUGACAUAAGGUUGCAUAAUUUGGUAUUUUCUAGAAUUAACAAGCUUUUCAGGGUGAUGUUGGAGUAUGUGUGGAUCGCUGUAGUGCCAUAAAUUAGGACAAGCCCGUUGGAACAACACACACGAGAACAAUCGGACAACUAGACAAUACAUCAGCGCUCCUUUACUCUCACGGCAGGCAGCCUGUUUUAAAAGGAUAUUUAUUCUAUUUUAUUUGUUUAAAAGAAGAAAAAGGCUUAUAGAUUCUUUAUUCUUUAUUUUUUUUCUCAUGCUGACAUUCUGAAUUGGGGAAAUAAGUAUCUCUUCUUUUUUUAAUUAUUAUUGUGAUAUUCUUUCUCUCUCUUUUUUGCAUUUCCUGCAACGCAGUUCUCACUCAUAUGAUCAUUGACAAUGUGGUCAUGUGACUGUGUGGUCAUGUAACUGAUCAUGUGAUCAUGUGAUCAUGUGGAAGAUCAGGAUCAGAAUCUCUGCUGAAAGGCUGUGAGCUGUUUUUGGGCAGGGAGUGAUUUUGUUGUUAUUGUUGUUUUUUUGUUUUGUUUUGUUUUUUGUGCUGCAUAAACUGGAUCCUUCUGAAACUGGACCGGAGACCCGUCUCCUUCCUCGUGCUCACCCUUCACACACACACACACACACCAGUCAUACCUACUGCUCUCUCUACAGGGAGCGUCACAAUCCACCCAUUACUUGGUGGGCACUAUAUGUGUGCGGUUCCUUUUCUGUGUGUGUGUGUGUGAGAGAGAGAGUGUGUGUGUGUGUGUGUGUGUGUGUGUGUGUGUGUGUGUGUGUGUGUGUGUGUGUGUGUGUGUGUGUGUGUGUGUGUGAGUGAGUGAUAGUGCCAGCCUUUGCUCAUGUUUUUUUUUAUGGUGCAAACAUCCUCUGCCAGCCGCCUUCAACUCCCACAAUGCUUUGUAACGAUUCCCCACCCCACCUAAAAUUACCAACAAACAAACUGUAGAUACACACAUCUUGAUUUUGUUUUUGAAAAUUUUCCAUCAGGUUUUUUUUUUUUUUUACACAUUUGCUUUCAAGGUACACAAGCUUCAAAAGCAAGUACUAGCUUAAAAACGACAAAAAUAAUAAUAAUAAUAAUAACAAUAAUAAUAAUACGAUAUUGAAGACAAUACAGUCAGCAACAGCGGUAUGACUUGGACUCUAGUGCCGUGGUGCAUGUGUACUGUCAAACUUGUGAAAAUGUUUCUUACGCUGCCAAAAAAACCCUUUAUAUGUAUAAGCUGUCUCCUGCAAUGUAAGCUGAUGGGGCCACAGCUGACAUCUGUGCUUCAGGUGCUGCCGUCUUGCCAUUUGUUUAGAUUGUUUAUUGUUUCUUAAUUUUUGUUUUAAUUUGUUUGUUUUUUGGUACAGUGAGUUUUGUGAGGUAUGCCUUGCCACAGGAAAAUGAUGAUUUGUUUCCCCCCUAAAUGUAUCUAAUUUAUCUUAUCUUAAAAAAAAAAAAAAACAGAAAAAAAAAAAAAAAGACUGACCGUCAAUUCUAAAGAGUCUUACUGAGUGGGGUGAGAGGGUAUUCGUGGUUUCUCUCAGACAAACAUCACCAAUGAUGUUCUAUCUCACCCAGCAGGCGCUUCUGCGCCCCUGACUCCCCAAUCCCACAAUACACACACACACACACACACAUACAUACAUAUAUACACACACGCGCACACACACACACACACACACACUCACACACACACACACACACACACACACACUCACUUUCACACACUCUCUCGAUCAAACACUGGCCUGAGUUGGUGCCCGAUACCCCGGUAGUGGGCACAGGCGGUGAGUUGGCACUGAGGAUGCCCCAGUUCUGCCGGCAGAGCUUCAUCCUCAGGAUGUCUGGUGGGAAGGCCUCUGGAAACCUGGUCCUGUCAUCUUUAGCUGACUAGUAUUCAUUUUUUUAUUUGAUUUUAUUUUGGAUUAUUUCAGCUGUCAAUCUCACAGACACUUUAACGUGAAGUGAAAUAGGAGUGAACAAGUGAUACAUGACACAUGCAAGUCAAUAAUUCAGAUGACUUUUUAAGGACAUUUGCCUCUGUUUUUGUUUUUGUUUGUUUGUUUUGUUUUGUUUUUGUUUUUGUUUUUGUUGAUGGUGGUACAACGGAGUAGGACUGGGGCUUCCAGGACCAACAUGAUUUUCAUCCUCCUGAAUGUUCCGUAACGAGACUUGCUGGGUUUAACUAAGUGUUGUGAUGGCUCCUGAGCUAGAGAUUUGCUAUUGAUAUCAUUUAGUUGGGGGGAGUCGGUCGGGGCUAUUUUUGUAAAAGAGACCCUUUUGUGCGCCCCUGGAAUGGACAGCACUUUUGCAGCUGACUGUGUAGACGACAGUGCUACGUGAGAAUUCAUAGUUUGAGAGUGUGUGUGUGUGUGUGUGUGUGUG